AAAGCUCAUACUAUAACAAAGAAACCCCUCUCUGAGGAAGACUCGCUCCCCUCUGCUGCUCCGCGUCCGUCACUACGUGAUAUCAGCACUUCCUAAGCACAUAAAGCUAUUAUUCCACUCUCCUGCUCUGUCUGGGCUGAUGAAGGGGCGCUGAAACAUCCUGCGCUUGACAUCGCUGAGAAAUGGCAGACGAAUCAAGCUGACACGAACGAGACAAUACAGCGAGCUCUCUAACGAUGGGAAAUCCGAUUCACUUCAGUGAGUCGGUUCGCUCAGACGAUUCAUUUCGGUGAAUUGAUUUUUUCGAGUCACCAUUUAAAAGUGUUCCCAGAAGUCCCGGCGCGGUUUCGCGAUUUUUUUUUGUGAGAAAUAUUUUAGUCAAAUACUGUUAUUUAUUUACUAAAAUUUACCUUUUGUUUCUUCUUCUUUUUUUUUCUUUUUUUUUUGCCAUAUUUUGCAUAAAUCUGUGUUCCUACUUCCACGUCUAGUCUGUGAUUUUCUCAUUGCUUAAAUAUUGUUCCAAUAGUUUCGUUGAUUAUGGCUCCAACUUGUCACCUAGUACACAGUAUAGCCUACUUCAUAAAAUACUAGAAUCAAUUCGAAUGAAUCAAGGAACCGACUCAAAUGAAUGAUUCGUUUAAGAAUCGGACAUCGCUACGCUGUGAACCGAGCGUUGAAUUAUGCAUUCGGACUAACAAGGGAAAGUGAUGCUCAGAGAGGAGGACAGAGGACUCGGAGAAGAUGCAUUAAAAGGGCGAUGAAGUUAUGUGAAGCGGUUUCUCGUCGCAGCGUUAUGUACGCACGUAUGAUUAAUUUAAUAUAGUGUUUUAUUGCUACGCAGUACUACACGGGGUGGAUUUUAUUGCAAAAGAAAACGAUAGCCGAUAUCGGAUGGUCGGAGAAAGGAAGAGAGAGUGAGUGAGACAGGGGGUAUAUGAUUUUAAUGAUGACUUAGAGGCUACAGCGGACCGUCACUUAAUUUUGAAUUACAGCUUGAAUAGCGUGGAACUUCGCAAUUCUGAGGAAAUAAUAAAAAAGCGUUUUAUCCGGUAAAGGAGAGAUGGAUGGAGAAACAGGCAAAGGAAGGGCUCUCUGAUGAAAAGAACAACAUCCCUUUGGACUAAACAAAAAAUGAUGAAUGUGCUUUUUCCUUGACUGGUCCGGCACAACAGAAGGGGCUCCACUUCAAUUAGCGAGGACAUCUGAGGACACUUCUUUCCUAAAGCCAGAACUGAACAAUGACAGUGAACAAUGGCACAUAAUUACAAAUAACUCCUUUUUGUGGCUUUUCAUUCUGAGUGAGGAAGAGAACUCAGAUUUUGUGAGCUUGCGUGCCGUGAAAGAGGAUUUGAAAUACUGGCUUGCAACUGAACUGGUUAGUUGGAAUUCAUAAGGGAUCUUGGGUGAGAUAUCUUAUAGUUUUUCCAUCCUGAGGGCCAUUUUAUUGACACAAAGUGAGCAUAUUAUUGCUGAUUUAAAUGAUUCAAUCACUUCCUGUCACAGAAUCUUUUUACUGAUUGGAUAGUUCUUGCGACUCUCAACUUUCCUGGACAUUCUGCACGGACCGCCAAUCCUCUGGAAUAAAACCGCUCAGGAUGUACACCGUUGCAUCUCACUGAUUCUCAAACAUCAACCCAAUGAGAAGAAGCAUACUCACAGUCUGGCAAACAACAGUCACUCAAACAGCAGGAAAGAAAUCCAGUGAGUCGAUGUGGAGUCCAUUAGCUUUCACUGCCAGAUCUCCCUCAGAGCUGAAACAGCACCUACUCAGCUUUGGUGUCAGAAGGUGAAAGAAAACACACCACAAGUCCAAAGUCCAAAUGGACUUCUGAAUCGUCUUCUGUAAAGAACCAUUAUAUUGGUUGAAUUGUGCUAUAAAAGGCAAGCAGAGGUGAGGAGAGCUUGCUGGUUGCAUGAUGGCUCCUGAAGGUAUAGGGGAGCUUCGAGACUUGCUCUUCUUUCUGCUGCUGUGCUUCACACUGUUGGCUGAGCUACUGGAGAUGACUGCAGCUUCUUCACAGGGAUUGGAUGGUGAAGGUGACAUAGUGUGCCCUUCUGUGUGUCGCUGUGAUGAGGACUUUAUUUACUGCAACGACCGUGGAUUGAGUGCAAUCCCACCUCUACCACCAUCUGCAACUGUCCUUUAUCUUCAGAACAAUCACAUUGACAAUGCAGGGCUUCCUCGGUCCUUGGAGCAUCACACUACUGUGCGUGUUAUAUAUCUCUAUGAUAACGAGCUUGAUGACUUUCCCAUGCAUUUGCCACCUUCAUUAAGAGAGCUCCACCUCCAGGACAACAACAUUAGAGUGUUGCCAAGGACUGCACUUGCUAGACUUCCGCUCCUUGAAAAGUUGCAUCUGGACGACAACUCUGUUUCUACAGUGAGUAUUGAGGACCAAGCCUUUGCGGACAACCCUCGGUUACGUCUCCUCUUCCUUUCCAGAAACCACCUUUCCAGCAUCCCAUCUGGUCUUCCUGCCUCACUUGAAGAGCUCCGUUUAGAUGACAACCGAAUCUCUACAAUUCCCACUCAUGCCUUCCGAGGUUUGUCCUCUUUACGCCGCCUGGUCUUGGAUGGUAAUCUUUUAGCUAAUCAACGCAUAGCUGACGAUACCUUCUCACGCCUGUCAAACUUAACAGAACUCUCCCUGGUCCGUAAUUCACUUCAAACACCCCCACUUAACUUGCCCAGUGCCCAUCUGCAGAGACUCUCCCUUCAGGACAAUAACCUUAUACACAUGCCUCGGGGCUCACUGGAUGGAAUGCGCAGACUACAACGCCUAGAUCUUUCUGGAAACAAUCUGACUACCCUUCCCAGAGGAUUGUUCAGGGACUUGGAGAACCUUGGGCAGCUACUUGUGCGAGGAAACCCAUGGCACUGUGGGUGCAACUUGCGCUGGCUGCAUGACUGGCUUGAGGCAAAGGGGAACACAAUUACCGUGAGAGGCUUUAUCUGCCAGACACCAGAGCGAGUCCGAGACAUGGCGCUUAGAGACCUCACAAAUCAGAUGGAUGAAUGUGAGUUAGCUGGUGCUGCUGGCGGUGGAGGAGUAGGUACAGGGGUUGGCGUUGGUGGUAACAGGGUGAGCGGAGGAGCGGUGGGAGCUAUUUCUACCACUCUUUCUCCCCCUCAAGGGUCCCUGUUCACUCUCAGAUCCAAGCGACCAGGCCUGGGUCUUCCAGAAACAGGGUUGGACUACACAUUAAGCAGCAGUGGUGUGGGCAAGAACCUAGCCCUGAAUGUGAAACCCCUAUCCCAUGACAGCAUCCGUGUUACUUGGAGUGUAGCACAAACAUCUUCUUCCUUUCGAUUAAGCUGGCUUCGCCUAGGAACUAGCUCUGCCAUGGGGUCCAUCACAGAAACUUUGGUUAGAGGUGACCGGCGAGAGUACCUUCUCACUUCCCUGCAGCCUGCUUCCAGCUACAUCAUCUGCAUGGUGCCUCUAGUGUCUAACAGUGGAAGCAGAAGCAGUUUGCCUGGUGGUGACACAGAAUCAAAUGAUGUUCCAGUUUGUGCCAGAACAGAAACGUCUGAUCCCAGCCAGCCUGAUGAUGAACAAGGUGAAGACGAGAGCUCUGAUCAAAUGACUUCUCUUCCACUUGCGGGAAUUAUUGGAGGUGCUACGGCAAUAGUUUCCCUUGCUCUUAUUAUUGCCAUUUUCUGCUGGUAUGGGCACCGUGCAGGGCACCUCGCAUCACGAGACCAUUACAGCCAUAGUGGCUCUCGCAAGAGCAAACACUAUGAUGACUACAUUGAGUCAGGCACAAAGAAAGACAAUACUAUCUUAGAGAUCAGAGGUCCUGGAUUUCAGAUGACACCAAUGGCAACAAGGCAGUCUCUUCAACCCAAACCAGUGCGAGAGGACUACAUUAUACACACCAUCUUCCCCUCGAAUGGCACAGGUCUAUACAAGCCAUCCCAAAACAUGACCAACUCUGGCUAUGGUACCAACCGUGGCUAUAGAGAAGGAGGCAUUCCAGAUAUAGAUUACUCUUACACAUGAUAGCUUUGAUUUAGAAACCAUAAUUAGGAGUCAUGUAUUGCAUAGAUACACAGUUUUUAAUCAACAUGGGCUCUGCAGAAUCCCUUUGUGCCUUCUGGUCUCCAUUACAAUGUAGCCUGCUGUUCAUGAGACUAUAAAACUUUUAAUUGGCCCAGAUGCUUAUAGGAAGCAUUAUAAAUGUGGUGCCAGGAGGCAAUGAUGCCAUUUCAGGUGGUGAUACCAAAUGCUAUUUUCACCUCCCGGUGUAAUGAUCAGUGUCCCUGACAUUGCUGUUUUAUCUCUGGCCGUGCACUGAGGUGGAUUCAAGGGCAGCCCACACUGCAUUCAGCUUACAGACAGUUCACAGAGCUCAAUGCAUAUAUGGCAGAGAGGCAGCCUUCUCAAAGGAAAUAACCAACCUGCUAUACAUUUUAAUAGUUGACUCCUGUGAAAUGAAGGUCCCUGAGUCAAGGAUUUGAUCCAGGAUUGUGAGUCCUGCAUAAAGGAAGAUAACUUUUUUGCUCAGAGAAACUGGAAAUGUGUUGUGGGAUGUGAUCCUUAUGGAAAAUGCAUGGGUUCACAUGCAUAGUUUUUUUUUUGGAGAUAUGAGCUGCAGAACAUGACUACUAUUCCUAUUAAAGAAGGAGUGUCUGGACCAAGCAACGACAUGGCCCCGAAAAACUACAGCAAGGUUUGAAAUGCCUCAAAAACUAAAUUAAUUUGAAAUCUUAUACACUUGAAAGCUGCCUGAUGCUACUAUGAUAACGUCCAACAAGCGUUACGCUGACUGUAUUACUUUCAGACUGGUGUAAAGUUGAGAAGAUGAAUGAAAGGGGUUUAUGUGUCUUGAGAACUUUCAAUUUUUAAAAUUGCAACAGAACCCUGGUGUGUUGAUAGAUACAAACAACGCAAGUUAGAUAUUUGACAUUGUCAUGACUCUGUUCCCUAGUGAUUUUUGUUUCAUUGUUCUUUCCAAAUUUGUUUCACUUAAAUUUUUAUGUUAUAAAGCCCUGCUGAUAGUUAAAGUGAACUAUUCAAAGGUUUUCCUCUAUAACUGAGGUCAGUGAGUUAUCACUUUUCCAUUUUUAAAUCCCCCAAACAACCAAUCAGACCUACAGCAGCCAGACAAGCCAAGCUAUCCCACUAUAUCAACAAACUGUCCCAGUUUACACAAACAUGACAGUCUCACACUUAUUAAAAAUGGGAAUAUGUCUGUAAAAAACUUCAUGGUAACACAAAACUUGCUUGUUUUCAAUAGAUUGUCCCCAGUAAUGUUUUGCACAGAGAGUAAACCAAUGUUCUAUUAAGGUGGACCAUGGUUUGUAGGUUGCUUAGCCACAUUCUUAGCACAAUAUUGCUUAUUUACAUCUCCAAAUGUCACUGAAGAAAAGGAUAUGGCCUCGCUGCUAACCACAGCGGUUGUACUGCUACGAGUUUUAGGAAGAAGAGGGAGGGUGUUAGAGGGAAACCAGGAAUUUGAACCAUAACACUGUGGACCAUCACUGUGGGAGAUAGAGAGUGCAUUAGAAUGUUGUAUAAUUUUGUAAGGUGGAUACAUUUUUGCUGAAAAUUCUUUUUCAUUUAUUUCCUUGUGUAUCAAUUAUCAGUUUGUUAAUGUCUUCAACCCAUUAAUUUAAGCCAACAGCAGGAGAGAAUGCUAAUUAAGGAGCUCUUAUCAGUCAAUUUACACAAAGGUAGACAGCGAGGAAAGGUAUGUGUGUAUUGUACGAAAGACUUUCCCUGAGUCUCUGGACAUUUCUGUUCUGCUCUGCUGUAUUUGUAUUUAUGUAUUUGAGGACUUGUGGAGAAUUUAAGACAGCUUACACUGCCUUGUAUUUUAUGUACUCUUUGGCAAUGUACUGUACUUGUCAAAAAUUGGAAAGGAUGGAUGGAGAGAGAAAGCGAGAGAGAAGUAGAAUGUUUCAAACUGAAAAAUACCAAGAGAUUUUAAAGAUAAAACAUGGAUUUCAUAUUAAAACAGGGGCCUAACCGAAAUGAAGGCCGUGGUGUGAACUGUGCAUGAAAUGUUUUGUCAUCUUUUUGCUGUCUGCUGUUGUGCUGGCGUUUGGUCUUUCUCCUUUCUCUCUGCACAAAGGAUGACUACUAACUUCUGUUUCAGAGACGGAAAUGAAUCAAGACUUCAUGGCAUUUCAGUACAAAUUGGCUUUACAGUCUCACAAUAAGUUUUUCUUUGUAAACCAAAAAUAUCAUUGUGCUUUUAAUGAGCCUUCUUAAAUUUUACCUGUGGGGUUUUCAGACUUUUAUUUAUAGGCCAGUUGAGAGACAACCACCCACUGUUGCCAUUGCUUUGAUAACAUGAAAUUGACAAGAAAUGGACUUACUUUUGAAACACAUAAAAACUGUUUUGGAAAAAUAGUUUACCAGAUUGGUGAAGCAGGAUGUUGAUAAAACAGUCAUUAGGGGCUGCCAAGCUCCAAAAAAGACAAAAAGUCACCAUAAAAGCACAAAAAAAAUAGUCCGUAUGACUCUGAAGACUAUAUUCCAAAUCCUUUGUGUGAGAAACAUGUUGAAAUUGAAUUGUUAUCAAAUCAAAUUCAUGCUUGCACUCAUUCAACCAUGAAGGAAUAGUUCUCCAUCCAUUCUCCAAGCACUUAUCGGAAUAGUUCUCAUACUGUAGAUAUAUGAAAUUAAUGACACAAGAUGCCAUGAGUUCUUGUAUGACUUGUAAUCAAAACUAGCCAAAUUUAACUGAAUGAAGGUUAGUAAAUUCUUAGCUCAUUUUUGGCUGAACUGUUUGCAUUCAUCUCAAAUAUAAUUUGCAACUGCUUUCAAGAGAAUAUUCAUUGCAUCUCAAGAGCACUUGAAACCGGUUAAAUAAACUUAUUUUAUUUCUCAUUAUUACUGUAAUGCAGAUUCAUGCAGCUCUCACAAAGGCAAUGAGAUUGCAGGUUUUGCAACUCUACAGGUGUAAAUGGGGUCUUGCAUUCAACUUCCACCUAUAGAUCGUAUUUUUAUCUCAGCUUGCAGCUGAAAUGUUCAGGCGUUCAUUUCCUGUCUUCACUUCCCCCUCCCAUCUUGAGAAACCUCUUUGAUCUGCCGCCAUUGUUUUCAUUUGAAUUUGCAGCAUGUGCAAAGAAGGAUUACAGAGUCAGUGUGUGUCCUUGCGUGUGUGAUGAUGAUGUUCUUUAGGGCUUCAAAAAUAUGGAGGCGUACAUUAAAAGUAUUUUCUGUUGCAAUUUUUCCUGUCUGUUUUAUUUAAACCAUCUGCAAAUUCGGUAUCUCCUGCCGACUCUGACCAGCAGUUGUUCCACCUGCACCCCAUUAACGCAGAUGUCUCUUUGCACAAGCACACACUCCAACUGUAUAUACGCACGCAUACACAAGCACACACACUCCUUCUGUUGUCACCCCUGAGACAGGAGCUCAACCUGCAUACUCAUUCUGUAAAAUAACAGCAAUUCUUUUCACCUCACACACAACCCGUUCUCACUCCCAAGGCAUCAAAAACUGCUGCUCGAGUUUUUCAUGUCACUACACACAGAUGAUAAAGGUGUCCCUUAGUGCCUUUAUAGCAACAUGGCCAUUAACUCUAUUGCUUUCAGCACAAAAUAUUUAGUGUCGGGUGCUUCCAUACUUGGAUCAGUUGCUUGGUCCGAACCAGAGUUCGAUUUCUCCUCCCAUCCUCCACUGAAUUGUAUUCACACUGUAUAUUUCUUUUAUUCUGAACUGCGGUAUUUGUACAUUAUCAAAGCAGCUGCUGUUUGCUCCUAUUGAUAGGUAAGAACAACGCAGGAGAAUGCAGCAAAAGGAUAGUGAUACUAAUAUUUGAUUGCAUACAGAACUUGAACUGCAGUAAAUCGCUGAGCCAUUUCAAGUUUUGCUGAUGAUACUUGUGUAUUCUUUUGUAUUCUUUUGUCAUCAUUGUGUUUCAGACAUCACCACCUUGAGGAAUAAAGGUGAAUUGCACUUACUAAGUCAUCAGAGAUUCAAUUGUUGCUCAGAAAAAAAAAUUCUUACACUAUUACAUAUCUCGGGUCACUAUACACAUAAUUAGAAAACAGACGUUCUUUUAUCAUUGUAUUUUUUUCUUGUUAUAUUGUUUAUGAAUAGAUUCAGGAAUACUAACAAGGUUGAUGUUUAUAACUUUAAAAAAUUAAGGAGAGGGGAAUUUGGUGAAUGAUGUCCCGGGUCUAUAAAGACCCGAGGUAUGCAUUUAAGGAUUAGUAGUAGUAGUAGUUUUAAUUUUAACUUUAAUUAUGAAUAAUGAAUAACAGAAAUGUAUCACUGUUAUAAAUUACAACUGUUUUGUCAAAUAAAAAAAUGAAUAUGUGAUAUUAUAAAAACAAUUCUAAUACUAAUAUUUAUGUCUUAAAUUUAAAUUUUUUUUACUUCAAAUGUUCAAACUCUCAAGCUUUUAACAUUUCAAAUCAUAAAGCUUUUAUUUUGGUGGAAUACUGGUGGAAUGCUGUAAACUUCUAUCCACAAAAAUUGGUGGAAAUUAUGUGAAUGUGUAAUAUAAUAGCUUUGACAAUCACACUAAGCUACAUUGUGAAUUUCAUAUUUAUUUCGAUUAAUUGUGCAGGAUUGUGUGUAUUUAUUUUAAUAUUACAUUUGAUUCAAUUAAUUAGCUUGUCAUCAUGAAACCCCUGCAGUUCCCUCACGAACCCCCGGGGGGUUGCAAACCUGUCUGGGAAACCCUAUCUAAAGAAAGCAGGAGUCCAUUUCUGCUGAAGGCGAGCAAAAACGAAAUAUAGGCUACAUUCUUGCAGCUUGCAGUGCGUCAGUCCCUCUUCAGAAAAGCGAGUGAGAACACAAACAAAUUUACCAAAUCACAUGUCAUCAAUAGCGGUUCACUCUCUGAUUUAGUACGAUUCCUUUCAUAUCAGCAGUAAACCAUACUGGAGUUCACAUGAACCACACCGCAGACCACCUUUUUAAGUGGACUCGGAUAAAGUUUGCGGGUGCGCAACUGAGUUCAAACAGCAUUCACAUCAUUCAAACGAACCAAACUCUGACUUCAAAUGAAAGUGCUAGUAUGAAAGCCGCCUUAUGAUGUUCCAGAUUUCAAAAGGAAGCUGUAUUAUAAAUUGAUUAAGUAUUUUUGUGCAUUUAAAACUAGAUUUAGUAACAGCUUGCGCCAGCGCAAAACCUCUUUUGGCUUUUAAAAACUACUGUCAGGAUUUACUCAGAAAUGCAGCGUUGAAAAGUUUGUGACAUGUUUUGCGCCAUUAUUUACUACUCAAAAACACAAAUUUUGUGCCUGACACUGAAUUUGCGCAUUCUCAGUAGAUCACCCACAGAACUUUCAACUCCCAUCAGAGAUUUUAUUAGAUUGCGACUGCACACUAAUUUCCCAUAUUUAGUAAAUCUGGCCCUUAAUCAGCUGCUUCUGUAUAUGAAGAAUUCGGAGUGAUGAUAUUUUGGGGUAUUAUUUUCAAUUUGAACUUGGCAGUAGUUGAUGCCUUGAGAGUGAGAGCCUGUCACUCAGCGAUAUCAUCUGAAGGCUUCCACUCAUUCUCUGUCUGUCAUAUGUCACUGGUGCACUCUCAUCUCAUCUCUAUGGCCUUCCACACUGUCAUAACUGAGGCAUCUGGGAAUGGUGUAAUAUGACUCUUUUAUGCUGUCUAAGUGAUGUAAGUGAUGCAAGCAGUUAAUGACCCCUGGCUUAUAGAGUUCGGUUGUGUGCAACAAUAGGAAAACAUUCCCGAUACAAGGCUUCAGUGGAUUUCAAAAUGGAUUUCAUUUCAUUCGCAGUCAGUUUUAUGUUAUGGGAAAAUUACAGUAGAUCCCCCCUCAUAACAAGUUAUGUGGCAGAGCAUGGUACACUAGAGGUAUCAGAUAGUAAUAACAUGGUACUUUGACAUAUACUGGUACUGAAUGAUUAUAACACUGUAAAAAAGGGAACACUAUGUAACUUUUGUCCCUCUAGAGGUUAAAAAACAAAACUUCAUGCAUUUUGCAGAAGAACAUUGUUUUGGUUGAGCUUCGGCUCUGCGUGACUGUGCGGAUCCUGCUGCUCAUAAAACAUUCACUGCUAGGCUAAAGAGAUAUAUAACCAGUUUAGAUGGAAAGGAUCUCAAGCUGACUAGCUGAAGACAUUACUGUAGCUUUACUCGUUAAUAGACACGCUACUUCCUUGAAAAUAAAUUCCAGCACAGCGCUACAACAACCAUAAUGAAAUGACCCCUCACAAUAGAUAAUGCUACAAAGAACUCUUUUAGAGAGCUACAUAUGACAAUUUAUCUGUUGAGUAAAACGCCAAAUAAAAACGUCAUGUGUGCAUUGCUUUUACAGCAUUUCUAAUCCCUUGAUUCUCAUCAUCUCCAAAAAGUCAAGACAAUGUUGAUUCUUGUUUUAUUACAAGCUUUGUCACGUUCUCUUUUAACCAGCAGACUCCUCUGUUCGGUGUUUUUUUAAAAAAUGGGGGAUUAAUAAACACUUAUAAUAGGCUUACCAUAGUGAAUCAUGGUAAGACAAAAACACGUUUUAGAAAAAAAGAAUUGAUGAUGUAUUGACUUUAAUUUUUGUUAAUUGUGAACAAAAAAAGUUACAUAGUGUACCUUUAAAACAAGAAAAAGAAAAAAAAUGCCAAUGGGGGACGCCAAAUCAAAUUUAUUCACAACAACAACAAAAAAAGACUGUAUUCAUCAGUUUAGUAAAUUUAUGGUUUAAGGAUGUUUAGAUACUUUUUUUUUUACAGGAAAACAUGACAAAAUACUGAUUAAGAUGGUUUAAAUCAUUUUUGUGUAGUGUAUAAAGCACCAUGGUAUUACAUUUUACCAUUAUUAUUAUUAUUAUUAUUAUUAUUAUUAUUAUUAUUAUUUACUGACAUUAAAAGCAUGAAUAAAAUGGUUCUAUACUUUUUAUUUGUUGCCCCUAUAUUUACAACAAAACCAGCAAAUAUGUGUUGUGGUAAAUACUGUACUGAAUAGUGCUGUACCGAAAACGUGUAACAUUCAGUCCAGUUUACUUGAUAAUAGUGUUAUUGUGUUAUCAUAAUGGAACUUUCAAGACGCACAAAAAAAAUCACAUUUUUUUCUUUUUUUUUUCUUUGCAAAUAUAGUAAAUGUAACUUACAAUGAACUAAACCCCUAAUUAUUGUUAAAGUUGGCAGUAUACCAGAUACACAGUGCACACAAAUACAUCAUACUUUUUAAUUCAAUCCUUAUCAUUUUGUUAUAUUUACUACAUUUUUGUCCUUAUUUUUCAGACUAAGAGAACCCCUUACUGUUUCUCAUGUUUGAUGCAUAUUUCAUUGUAUGAACUGCUGUUGGAUAAUAUCAUCAGAGCAAACAAAUGCUGCUAUCAUUACUUAACAAACAAAACCUGAAACCCCAAGUGAAUCACAUUGUUAUGUUUUAGUUCUGUUCUCUUAAGUGUUUUUAAAAGUAGUAGGUAUGAGGUCACUGACUGUCUUAUGAUUGUUUAUUUGUCAUCUCACCAAGCAAGAGAAAAACAGUUUUAUGAAUGUCUUUUUUUUUGUAGGUUGCAGCUUUUGAAAAUAUGACUCUCUCUUUCUCUGUCAAGCUGUGUGAUAAAAACUCAGAGACAAAAACACACAAAAAAACAAAAAACAAAAAAACAACAACACUAUUUUGUAUAAAGUAUGUUUUUUUUUUCUAUGUGAAUAAAGGCAAAUGUAUUGAAA